AUCACCGCACCCGCGCCGCGGAGUUGGCCGCGCCGGCAGCCGCGCCCGGAGCCGCUCCCCUGCGGCCUGCGCAGACCCCGAUGACAGAAACCAGGUAAGUGGCAGAAUUUUACUACAGACUCUACCUGAGACCUGAUUAAAGCCAUCCAAAUCUGUGGCUGCAGGCACUCUUUGAGAGGGAUCACUCAUCUGAAUUUGUGCCAGACUCCAUAGGAACACUGAUGCCAGCAAUUUGAGGAUCUUCACGUUCGGGCUCAGUGGUAGUUAAACGGUGUUGCCCCAAAGGUAGUACUCAACUUCCACCAGCCAUGAGGCUUCCUCUGCUUUGUGCCUCCAUGAUGCUGAUGAGUCUGUCCCAGUGCCGGGCUGUCAGCUUCCCUGAAGAUGAGGACCCUAUUAAUGUUGUUGACUACCACUAUUCAAGGCAAUAUCCAGUAUUUAGAGGACGCCCUUCAGGCAAUGAAUCUCAGCACAGGCUGGACUUCCAACUGAUGUUGAAAAUUCGAGACACACUUUAUAUCGCUGGCAGGGACCAAGUUUACACUGUAAACUUAAAUGAAGUUCCAAAAUUGGAAGUUACCCCAAGCAAGAAAUUAACAUGGAGGUCCAGGCAGCAGGACCGAGAGAACUGUGCUAUGAAAGGCAAACACAAAGAUGAAUGCCAUAACUUCAUUAAAGUCUUUGUUCCAAGAAAUGAUGAGAUGGUGUUUGUCUGUGGAACAAAUGCAUUUAACCCUAUGUGCAGAUACUAUCGGCUGAAUACCUUGGAGUAUGAUGGGGAGGAAAUUAGUGGUUUGGCAAGAUGCCCAUUUGAUGCCAGACAAACCAAUGUCGCCCUUUUUGCUGAUGGAAAAUUGUAUUCGGCAACAGUAGCAGAUUUCCUGGCAAGUGAUGCUGUUAUUUAUCGCAGCAUGGGGGAUGGAUCUGCCCUAAGAACAAUAAAGUAUGAUUCCAAAUGGAUAAAAGAACCGCACUUCCUCCAUGCCAUCGAAUACGGGAACUAUGUUUAUUUCUUCUUCCGAGAAAUUGCUGUAGAGCACAAUAAUUUAGGCAAGGCUGUGUAUUCCCGUGUGGCUCGAAUAUGCAAAAAUGACAUGGGGGGGUCCCAGAGAGUCCUGGAGAAACACUGGACAUCCUUCCUGAAAGCUCGGCUCAACUGCUCGGUUCCCGGGGAUUCAUUUUUCUACUUUGAUGUUCUGCAGUCUAUCACAGACAUAAUAGAAAUCAAUGGAGUCCCCACGGUUGUUGGUGUAUUCACCACACAGCUUAACAGCAUCCCUGGUUCAGCCGUGUGUGCUUUCAGCAUGGAUGACAUCGAGAAAGUCUUCAAAGGGAGAUUUAAAGAACAAAAGACUCCUGACUCUGUUUGGACAGCUGUACCUGAAGACAAAGUACCAAAGCCAAGACCUGGCUGCUGUGCAAAACAUGGCCUAGCAGAGGCUUACAAAACCUCCAUUGAUUUCCCAGAUGAAACCCUCUCCUUCAUCAAAUCUCAUCCUUUGAUGGAUUCAGCUGUUCCCUCGAUCAUUGAGGAGCCCUGGUUUACCAAAACACGUGUCAGAUACAGAUUGACAGCAAUUGCUGUAGACCAUGCUGCUGGACCCUACCAGAACUACACAGUCAUAUUUGUUGGCUCUGAAGCAGGAGUAGUACUUAAAAUCUUGGCAAAGACCAGGCCUUUCUCUUUAAAUGACAGUGUAUUGCUGGAAGAGAUUGAAGCCUAUAAUCAUGCAAAGUGUAAUGCUGAGAGCGAGGAGGACAGAAGAGUCAUUGCCCUUCAGUUGGAUAGAGACCACCAUGCUCUGUUCGUGGCGUUCUCCAGCUGCGUCAUUAGAAUUCCUCUGAGCCGGUGUGAGCGUCAUGGGUCAUGUAAAAAGGCAUGUAUUGCUUCACGAGACCCGUACUGUGGCUGGUUAGACCAUGAGGCAUGUGGAAGAGUGACACCAGGCAUGCCGUUCUCUUUGUUUGUUUCAUACAACCACAGCACCGGAGGAUAUGUACAAGAUGUCGAAUACGGCAACACAGCCCAGCUUGGGGACUGCCACGAAAUUUUGCCUACUACAGCUACACCAGAUUACAAAAUAUUUGGCGACCCAACAUCUGACAUGAAGUUCUCCUCAGCUUCCAUUACCACAAUGGCAAGUAUCCCAGUUAUAUCACCCAAAGUGAUUGGUUCCUGGAAACCUAAAGUGACUGGCUCUCGGAAAUUUGUAGUUCAAGAUGACCCAAACACUUCUGAUUAUUCUGAUCCAUUAUCAGGUGUCCCAAAGGGUGUAAGGUGGGAAGUACAAUCAGGAGAGUCCAACCAAAUGGUGCAUAUGAAUGUCCUUAUCACUUGUGUCUUUGCUGCUUUUGUCCUGGGAGCCUUUAUUGCGGGAGUGGCCGUUUACUGUUACCGGGAUAUAUUUGUGCGGAAAUCCAGAAAAAUACACAAAGAUGCAGAAUCUGCUCAGUCCUGUACUGACUCCAGUGGGAGCUUUGCUAAACUGAAUGGGCUCUUUGAUAGUCCUGUUAAGGAGUAUCAACAAAACAUUGAUUCCCCUAAACUUUACACAAACCUGUUGACUAGCAGGAAGGAGUUGCCACCAAACGGUGAUACAAAGGCCAUGAUGAUGGACCACAGAGGCCAGCCUCCGGAAUUAGCUGCGCUUCCAACUCCUGAAUCUACCCCAGUUCUUCAACAAAAGACUCUGCAGGCUAUGAAGAGUCAGUCGGACAAAGCACUUGGUAACCUCAAUGCUUCACGAAAGGAAACGCCGCUAAAAAGCCCUCAGUUUUUUCCUUCCAGUCCUCCACCGCACUCUCCUCUAAGUCACGGACAUAUCCCUAGUGCUAUUGUUCUUCCCAAUGCUACCCAUGAUUACAAUACAUCUUUCUCAAAUUCUAAUGCACACAAGGCAGACAAAAAGAUGCAGCAUAUUGAUCACCCACUUACAAAACCAUCCAGCAAAAGAGACCACAGGAGAUCUGUUGAUUCCAGGAACACCCUGAAUGAUUUUCUGAAACACUUAAAUGAAACUACUGGUAAUCCUAAAGCAAUUAUGGGAGAUAUUCAAGUGGCCCACCAGACUUUAAUGUUGGAUCCAAUGGGAAAUAUGUCCGAGAUCCCACCUAAGGUUCCCAACAGGGAGGCAUCUUUAUACUCUCCUCCAUCAACUCUUCCACGAAACAGCCCCACAAAACGAGUGGAUGUUCCCACCACUCCUGGAGUACCAAUGACCUCCUUGGAAAGGCAGAGAGGUUAUCACAAAAAUUCUUCACAGAGGCAUUCAAUAUCUGCCCUUCCUAAAAACUUAAACUCACCUAAUGGUGUUUUGUUAUCCAGACAGCCUAGUAUUAAUCGUGGGGGGUACAUACCUCCCACAGCAGGCACAAAGAUGGACUACAUGCAAGGGACGCCUGUCAGCGUUCACCUCCAGCCUUCCUUGUCCAGGCAAAGCAGUUACACGAGCAACGGCACCCUUCCUCGUACAGGCAUAAAGAGGACAUCCUCCUUAAAACCCGAUGUGCCACCAAAACCCUCAUUCGUUCCCCAAACAACUUCAGUCAGACCACUGAACAAGUACAGUUACUAGGACAUGUCUGUGCUAAAAAUGAGUGUGGCGUUGACCUGUACAGGUUGUGAGAUGAUGUUGUGGUAGACACAGGAGACAGAGACUUGCUUGUUAUUACAGAGAACAAAGUGGCCAAAGAAACUGUCUUUACUUCAGCAACAUUUGUGUCUUGCCACAUGUAGCUAUAGCAAGACUCCGCGUACUUGCUAAGAGCAAACACAAAAAACAAA